CCUGGGAUCCAGCAGAAUCCAUUGGGAUCUAUGAAAUCCUGGUAUCUCGAAUCCGCUUUUCCCCCCUUGCAUAAAUACUAUCUAAUUGGUCUGAACCAAAACCUUAGCCCAUUUUAACUUCUCUCAACAUCAACUCUGAUUGAAUAAUGGGAGAUGUGUUGAUGAACUACUCCAUCCUUCCCAUUUUCUUUUAUUAGACUAAAAUUUCACUUUUAUAUGUAAUUCCAAUUACCUACCACGUUUUAGCCUUUUUCUUCACAGUAACAAACUUUUGAACAACUUUCUGCAAGAUGAUAAUAAUUCCGAGAAUCUGUCUCACGAAGCAGACAUUAACAGGAAAAAAUGAUAAGAGUAACUAGUGAAAAAUAAUAUCGCUUAACUACCUCACCCUUAAUCAAUGCAUGUGCGAGUUGAGCGAGUGAAAUUGAAGGUUAAUAUAAUCUCAGAAACAUUUAAAAACGUCCAUUGGGAUCCACUGGGAUCCACUGGGAUCCACCGGGAUCCACUGGGAUCCACCGGGAUCCACUGGGAUCCACCGGGAUCCACUGGGAUCCACCGGGAUCCACUGGGAUCCACCGGGAUCCACUGGGAUCCACCGGGAUCCACGGGAUCCACUGGGAACCAAUGGGAUCCACGGGAUCCAAUGGGAUCCACGGGAUCCAAUGGGAUCCACGGGAUCCAAUGGGAUCCAACGGGAUCCGUCGGGAUCCUGGGAUCCGGGAUCCGCUUUUUCCCCCUUGAUAUAGGGUGUCCAGAAAGUAACUCCACAAAGAAUAGCUUACAUACAUAUCUCCACCAUAUUUUGACCAAACGAGCUGAUAUUUUUAUCACUGAUAGAGAAGUGUGCAUAGUUCUUAUUUAUAAAGGAAACGUUGUCAAAAAUUGUUUAGAAGUGGCACAACUACCUUCAACAAAAAACUGUAACAUAGUUCGAGUUAUGAAAAAAAGAAUAUAUUUAUUUUCUUAGCUAAGAAUAAAUGACAUCUAUUUUUUUUGACUACCUUGCACUAGCAUCAUUUGCUUUCAUAGUUAACUGACAGAUACAUGUCUCGUUACUAAAUGUAUCCUGCAAGUUCCAUCUAUUGAGAAAACUGCAGUAUCAUUUUUCUUAUAACUCACGAAAGAUUUCAGUUUUUUGUUGAAGUUAGUUGUACUAUUUCUAAACAAUUUUUGACAACGUGUCCUUUAUGAAUAUGAACUAUGCACACUCCUCUAUCAGUGGUAAAAAUAUCAGCCCGUUUGGUCAAAAUAUGGUGGAGAUAUAUAUGUAAGCUAUUCUUUGUGGAGUUACUUUCUGGACACCCUAUAUAUAUAAAGAAGAGUGUUUGUCUGUUUGUCUGUUCGCUAUUCACUUGGAUACGGUAUGAGCAAAUGCAAUGAAAUUUUGCAGAAAAUACCCUUUUCGUCCAGGAGAAGGUCAUAGGGUGGUUUUCGACCCAAAACUUUCACCUGAGAGGGGUGUUUGCCCCCUUAUUUUGUUAAAUUACUACAAUAAAUGCCUUUUCUAGAGAGUCUGUGCGUGUGAUUGUUUCUAUCUAUAUACCAUAAGGAAAAAACGUGCAUAUGAGUCUUUUUUUCUAGCUCACAAUGAUGGCAUAUUCGUUCUUUUUCUUGACUCACAAUUCCCAUGGUUCCUACUGAUAUGCCUUUUGAAUUCAAACGUCUACAAUUUCCAGUUCGUCUCGCCUUCGCGAUGUCCAGCAACAAAGCUCAAGGGCAGUCUCUUAAGAUUGCCGGCAUUAACCUAGAAAUCCCUUGCUUUUGGCACGGUCAACUUUACGUGGCAUAUUCAAGAGUUGGAACUGGAAAAAAUUUGUACGUCUUUGUCCCUGAUUCGAAAACUAAAAACAUUGUGUAUCAAUCUGCUUAACAAUAAAACUGUUUUUCAGUACAGAUAGAUUUUCUUUAAACCUUCUACUGUGUCAAGGAUGUACUAUCAAAUUUUCCGGGCAACGCCGGGUAUCUCCGCUAGGAUAGAAAUAAAACUACAAUUUUUUUUUGAAGUAUUAUGCAACAUUAAAAGAAAUUACAAGUAGGUGGUUAUUUUUGGAAAGUGGCCAUGGCAAAGGUCUUGCCGAUAGAGUCGGUUCUGUUAUAAAACGAUUAUUCGAUAAUACUAUUAGAUUAAAUCCUGAUGAAACAUUUAAAGGUGCUGAAGAUUUGAUGAAUAAGAUAAGAAAAUUUACAAAAAUUCGACUUUACUUGUAUACAAAAGAAGACGUUGAUUUAUUAAGAAAGCAACUACCAUCAUUAACAACGAUUAAAGGAACAUCCAUGUUUCAUGAAAUAAUUGCUCAACCGGAUGGACAAAUAUUUGCAAAAAUAAAAUCCUAUGAACAAGAAACGUUAUUGCGAACCAAUUUUUAG